AUGGCAUCAGACCCACACCAAGGAGGCCGUCUUGAGGACAUGGCCGUUAAAGGCACUUCAAUCCCUGGUGACGCUGGAAAGAUGAACGUAGUUUCACCCUCGUCUCACCCAGACCAGACUCAUACAAACAUCGCACACGCAGCGGAUAACGCCUUCGACAUACCGCGCAGUGUCAACGAUUGCGGACAAACAGGCGAGGUCAUUACCGGUACCGGUGACCAACUGCCAACGAGUGUUGAGAAGAAGAACCUGGAUGAUGCGAACUUUGACCCGAGGGCAAAGGGCCAUGACCAGUAUGCGAAGCACGCCAGACAGGAUAACCCCAUGAACAGCUUGAAGCAUGGUGCUGGCGACCAUAACGUAGAGGCUGCGCCGGGUGAAGAGGAAGAGAGUCAGGAUGCGCUUCUGAACAAGAGGGGCGCGCAGUAG